AAAUUUCAUCCAACGGCGGUAGUUGCGCGGCGCGGCAAAAAAUACAUAAUAAAUAAAUAAUAAUAGAUAAUAUUAUUGUGGUAAAAUCCUAACACCCGAAUUUUUUUCGCGCCCAAAAACGGUUUGUGGUCCUAUUGUUGAUCGAAAGUGCAGUUUAAAAAACACACACAAAGUCACAGGAGGAAAGCAGCGGCGAAUCCUAAGAGAAAAGGCGUGAUUGUGUGAGAGAGUGAGAGCCAGGAUAACCCGCCAUUAUGAGCAAGAAGCCAACAGUCGGACCGGCGCUCCACAAGGUCAUUAUGGUGGGGAGCGGCGGCGUUGGCAAAUCCGCCCUCACACUGCAGUUCAUGUACGACGAAUUCGUUGAGGACUAUGAGCCCACCAAGGCCGAUAGCUAUAGGAAAAAGGUUGUGCUGGACGGUGAGGAAGUACAAAUAGAUAUACUGGAUACCGCUGGGCAGGAGGACUAUGCCGCCAUCAGAGAUAAUUACUUUCGCAGCGGCGAAGGUUUCCUCUGUGUCUUCUCAAUCACAGACGAUGAGAGCUUCCAGGCCACGCAGGAAUUCAGAGAACAGAUAUUGCGGGUGAAGAAUGACGAGAGCAUACCGUUCCUGCUGGUGGGCAACAAAUGCGAUUUGAAUGACAAGCGAAAGGUGCCGCUGAGCGAGUGCCAAUUGAGGGCCCAACAGUGGGCGGUGCCCUACGUGGAGACCUCGGCCAAGACGCGCGAGAAUGUCGACAAGGUAUUUUAUGAUCUAAUCAGGGAUAUUUCAUCGCGUAAAAAACAACGUCAGACGGACGUGAAACAGCCGCCGAAGCCCAAUUCUCAUUGCUGCCAAUUGCUGUAAGAUGAAACAACCAACAAACAACAACUACCACAUGAUGAACAACAACAACAACUACCACAUGAUGAACAACAACAACAACAACAACCACAACAAAUGCAGCAGCAAUCAACUUGCAAGAACAACAACGGCCGCACGGAUAAAACCUUCAACAAAGAGCAUAACGUUAUGUUAAUAAUUAAUUAACUUAAAGAAUAAACAAAAAAACACAAACACAUGAAAAACAAAAGUGAUUUUCCGCACCAAACGAAAAACGCAAAACACUUAAUCCAAGCAACAAAUGGGCAUUGUAAAAUACAUAAACGAUAUAUAAUUUUAUUUUUUUAGGCAACAAACUAAGUAAUUUUUGCAUCUAACAGCCGGCCGUCAUGAAAAUUCCUUUCAAGUCAAGUUCUCUUUAAUUUAAACAAAUUUUUUUAGUCGACAAUUGAGACAAAAACAAGCCUAAAGCGUAAACUUAUUAAAUAUAAUCAAUCUUAGAAGCCUAAACAACCAAUUAUGCUAUUCAUUAAACUCUAUAAAUAUCUUUGUUUUUUUUUCGUAACAAUUUUUAAUUUAAAUAGCGAAAUGCAAACACACACACACACAAAACAAACAAGAAACCUUACAGAAAAGCUUUUUAUGAAUACUUCUAUAUAUAUUUAAAUAUACAACAACAAAAAUAUAAAUAGUUAAAAAAAAAACCGAAAUUGCUAAACAAAACAAUAGAAACGGAAAAAUAAAAACUUUCCCAUUAUUAAAUAUUAAAAUGAAAUGAAACGAAACCAAUUUUUAAGGCAAUUUUUGUAAUUUUCUAAACGGAAAGCAAAAAAACAAAAAAAAAACAAAUAGAAAUAGAUAUACAUACGACAAAAACAAAAACAAAUGCAAAAAUUCAGAGAAAACUAGAGAAACGAAUUAUAUUUUUGACAAGCUUGAGAGAUUUUCCUUGAACAGUGUUUAUUUCUUAUUUUCUUUUGUAUUGUAACGCUGAGAUACAUCCAAUACGAGUACAUACGCAUGUAUGCACGUACUAUAACUAUAUAGAUACAUAUGGCAAUUUCUCCCAAUUGAUUUGCUUGUUUACUUUUGUAAAACUGCAUUCUGUAUUGUAAUGUUUAAGCUAUUAUUAUUAUGAUAAUUAUUAUUAUUAAAUAUAUAAGUUAUAUAUGCAAUCAAUCGAUGGAUGGAUGGUUCAACUUUUGUAUCAAGCAUUUUCCUUCUCCAAUCCCUACCCUUAAUGCUUUCUGUCAGAUUUCGUGACAAUUUGUUGCUAAUCCCACAAUUACGGACACAACACACACACACACACACACACACACAACACACACACACGUUCAAGCACACUCUUUCUCAUUCAGAAACCAACACUCGCUCACACGCAUACAUAUGUAUAUCCAAAAAAAUAAAAUUCAGCAACAAAACGCAUUUUUUUUAUAUGAAUAUAUAUAUAUAAAUAAAUUAUGAUUACGAAAGUUGCAAAUGGCGAUUGCAGGAGCGUACGUUUAGCUUGACUCAGAAAUAAACCGAAAAAUAUGAGAAA